UAGAAAUGAGUCUUAGAAAGCUGAUAAAAGACACCCAGAAGAAGACAAAUCCUUCUUACUUUUUGAAAUACUUUAAGCAAGACAAUACUUAUUCUAUUGUGAAAGCAAACUGUGUAGAAGUUGAGCAGCUGGAAGCUGGUACCUCCUGCAGAGUAAGGGAUGGAAAGGACUUUCAUGAUGGCACAAUAGUCACCUUUGGAGAUAAGAAAGAUGUAAGUAAUGCAGCAGGUGAUAUUAUUGAGAAGAUUGAGAAAGAGUCAGCGGAGAAUUUGGAGAAAGAGUCAGCCAAGAAUAUGGAGAAACAGUCAGCUGAGAGUAUGAAGAAUGAGUCAGACUACAAAGCGUGGCACAAUGAAAAGGAAAGCUUAGAAAAGUACCACCGAAUAAAGAAACCUAAAAUAGAAAAAGGAAAGGAAGGUGAAGAAAUGCACAGUUAAUAUUGUUGCUGUUGGUUGUGCUACAAAUAAUGAAUCUGCUGCAAAUAAUGAAGCAACAAGCUUCAACACUGGAGAUCCUUCUAAGCAUAUUAGUAUCGAAGCAAGAAAACCUUCAGAGAGAAAAGAGGCAGAUUCCAGUGAAAGAAUUCUUUGUCAUAGCCCUCCACCACUUCCACCACCACUUGCACUGGUGGAGCUUAAAACUCAAGCUGCAUGUAGUACAGAAACAGG